AAUGAAUGUAACAUUGCUAAAUUCAUUGUAAUACCGUAAUGUGACAAUAUAUGAACUGAUCAUUUUAGAUUUAAGAUUUACAAAAUACAAAAUUUUACAUAAAACAAAAAAUUUGAUAAGAUUAAUUAAAAAUGAAAAAUAUUUAGCAAUGAUUCUUUGUACAUUAUGAAGCAAAUUAUUAAAUUAUAUAUUUAAAUUAUUGAGAGAUUUAUUAAAUUGUAUAAUAUAUUAUAAUUCUGCAUUCAUUUUUAUAAAGAUAUCCCCAUACAAGGUGAUAAAACAACAAUGAAUACUGCAAAAAAUAGUUGUGAGAUUGGAAAUGGUUUAGAUGAUCUUGGUAUACCUGGACAAGGCUUUUUAAGAGAUGCUUUAACAAGUUGUACAGAUCCAUUAAAAGCAAUUGAAGAAUUUCAACUAGAAAAUGGUAUUUUACUACCAUCAUUACGUCCAAUGUUACCUUUACUUGAUCUUCAUGGAGUAAGAAGAUUAGAUUUCCAUGCCUCAGUUCUUGAAGAAUUAAGGGAAAAAUUAGUAAAAAGAAUCAAUGAAAUUGGAGCAGAAAGGGCAGAUAAAAGUUCUACAGGUGACAAAAGACUGAAAGAAUUAUUAUCUAAAAGUUUCCCAGCUGUAAGAGUUGCAGCACUAAGACCAAUUGUAAUGUGUAUUCUAAGAAAUACACCACACAUAGAAGAUAAAUAUUUACGAAUACUUGUUAGAGAAAAGGAAUUAUAUAAUGAUGCAGAUACCGAAGUUAAGCGUCAAAUUUGGAAAGAUAAUCAGAGUUUAUUUGGAGAUGAAGUUUCUCCAUUAUUUAGCCGAUAUAUCAUUGAGAAAGAACAAAUACUAUUUGAUCAUCGAAACUUAAAUAGUCUUUUUUUUAUGCCUUCUCCCAAGGUAAGGAGACAAGGUGAAGUAGUACAAAAACUAGCACAUAUGAUUGGACAUAGUGUAAAAUUAUAUGACAUGGUUUUACAAUUUUUAAGAACUUUAUUUUUACGUACAAAAAAUAUACAUUAUUGUACAUUAAGAGCAGAACUAUUAAUGGCCUUACAUGAUUUAGAGGUACAAGAUAUAAUUUCUGUUGACCCAUGUCAUAAAUUUACUUGGUGCCUUGAUGCAUGUAUUAGAGAAAAAAAUGUUGACAUUAAAAGGUCCCGGGAAUUACAAGGCUUUUUGGAUAGUAUUAAAAGAGGUCAAGAACAAGUACUAGGUGAUUUAAGCAUGAUAUUAUGUGAUCCAUAUGCAGUAAAUUUUCUUGCUAGUAGUGCAAUUAAAAUUGCACUUCAUUUGAUAAAUGGUGAAUCAUUGCCUAGAGAAAAUGCAGUUCUCGUUCUGUUACUCAGAAUGCUUGCAUUAGGUUUAUCUGCUUGGCAAAUGAUUGAUUCACAAGAUUUUAAAGAACCAAAACUGGAUAGCCAAGUUGUCACAAAAUUUUUACCUGCUCUUAUGUCUUUAAUGGUAGAUGACCAAAUAAGACAAUUAAAUUGUAAACUUCCACCUGAUGAGAGAGAAAGUGCAAUUGCUAUAAUAGAACAUUCUGGUCCUCCUCCUGAUGCUUGUCAAGCAUAUGCACAACUUUCAGGAGUUGCUGCAGUGUUAGCCAUGUAUUAUGCAUUACAUGUAGGAGGUGGUGGUGGAAUAGGAAGAGGAAGAGGUGAUGCUAGAGGUUUAAUGAGAGUAUUAGCUACUUUACCAAAUUGUCAAGCACAACGUGCAUUUGAAGAUCCCUUUUUACACACUUUAGUAUCUUUAUUAAUAUUAAAUAUGGCUGAAGAAUUUCCUAAUGAAUCAUUCUGUACAGUUAUUUUUGACGAAUUUUUCUUAGCCGGAUUAGGCAGAGAUAAUGUCACAAGACAUUUACUAAAAUUACUUUGGUACAUUCAUUUAAAAUUACCGCCAACUCGUCUUCAUACGCUGAUGAAAGCACUUCAACCAACUAGUCAGCAUAAUGAAGCAGUACACAAUCUUUAUGAAGCUUUACGUGAUAAAAUUGGAAAUCGUUCCACAGAGGAUCAAUUAACAACAACAACACAAAUGGAUACAUUAGGACUUGAAUGUCAAUCGUCUCCUCUUACUGGUGUACCUACACCAACUUGUUCAUUAUAAACAUAAUAUAAUGUUUUGUAAAAUAUGAUCAAAUAAUUUUAAUUACAA